CCCCGCGCGGGGAUGCAUUGAUGAGGGACAGGCUGGCGGGGGACGCGGCUGGGGCUGCAGCCAACCGGGGUCCUGCAGGGCGGAGGGCCAGGGACCCCGGAGUGCGCCCCGCAGGCAGGCAGCCGGCAGUGCUCAGGCAGUGGAGGGGCCCUCCCGUCGGGGGCGGGCCGGGCGGGGCGCGCGCGUCCUUCCCGAUAGCUCUGUAGCUUCUGUGUUCUGCCCCGGUCGCUCCUUUCGCCUGGACCCACUUCCCCAUCGGUGCGACGAGGGGGUGAGAUGAGGCGGAGCUGACCUGGAAACCUCUCCUUGGCCACUGUCCUUUCUAAGGAACUCACCUUCCAGAGCCCACCCGCACAGAACUGGCAGGGGACCCUCUUAGGAGCAGAGAAAAUGGCGAUCUUCAGGCAGCUGUCCUUGGGCAUGAAGGCCGCUCUGGCUGCUGGCACUGUCUUCGUGUCCAUGAUUGUCUCCCGCUGUUAUUUGGCGGGGAGCCUUGAGCUCAGGGCCUGGCGUUGGCUGUUGCGCUUGCAGCUGGCCCUGUUUGCCAACUCACUCAUGCUUAUAGGCUCCCACUACAUCUGGUGUAGUGCAGUCAGCAACCUCAGCCAUGCCUCAGCUGCAGAGUCGGCCUGUUUUCAGCUUUGGAAGAUGGCUGUUGUGACAUUUCUGGCCCUGGCCCAUUCCAGUUUCUUCACCAUGCUCUUUUUAGUGGCCGAGGAGCCCUAUCUCUUUUCCUUGGCAGCCUACUCCUGCCUCGGGGCGUACAUCAUCAUGGUCUUCUUCCUCUGUACCCUCAGUGGCAUGGAGCAGGCCUGUCAGCUCCUGGCCUGGCGCAGUGGUCGAGUCGUGAGCAGCCUUGACAAGACAAGGAAGCUGGCACUCAGGCCAGCCCUGGCCGUGGUGGUGACCGCUGUGCUCAGUGUGGUCGGGCUUCUGAAUGCUGCCCAGCCCCCAGCUGUGAAAACAGUGGAGGUGCCCAUCCAUCAGCUGCCCCCCUCUAUGGACAACCUCAAGAUAGUGCUCCUCUCAGACAUUCACUUGGGUCCCACCGUGGGCAGGACCAAGAUGGAGAUGUUCGUGAGGAUGGUGAACAUGCUGGAACCAGAUGUCACGGUGAUCGUGGGUGACCUCUGUGAUUCAGAAGCCUCAACCCUCCGGACCGCUGUCGCUCCUUUGGGCCAGCUUCAUUCACGCCUCGGCACCUACUUCGUCACAGGCAAUCACGAAUACUACACAUCAGAUGUCAGCAACUGGUUUGCGCUGCUGGAAUCCCUGAAUGUCAAGCCCCUUCACAAUGAGAAUGUGAAGAUUUCUGCCAUCCGGGCCCAACAUGGUGGUGGUGAGGAUGGCGACUGGAUCUGCUUGGCUGGGGUGGACGAUAUUGAAGCAGAUGUCUUGCACUACUCUGGCCACGGCAUGGAUCUCGACAAGGCCCUGGGGGGCUGUAGCCCAGACCACACCACCAUCUUGCUAGCUCACCAGCCCCUGGCUGCCAAGAGAGCCCUUCAAGCUCGGCCAGAUAUUAACUUGAUCCUUUCUGGGCACACGCAUGCUGGGCAAAUCUUCCCCUUGAACGUGGCAGCCUAUCUCCUGAACCCCUUCUUUGCUGGUCUCUACCAAGUGGCCCAGACUACAUUUGUAUAUGUCAGCCCAGGCACGGCCUACUAUGGGAUACCCAUGAGAUUGGGUAGCAGGGCGGAGAUUACGGAGCUCAUCCUGCAGCGAGCUCCCUGAACCCGGCCCUGCCUUGUACACCUCUUGAUUGAACCUUGACCUUCACUCUCCGUCCUUCAGAGCGGGUUGCCUGCUUCACCUGUUCCAGCCUCUCCUGCCCAGCCCUGCCAACACACGCUUGUCACAAGCCUGGCUGGAACAGUGAUUUGUGGUGGGGCUGCCUGGCAGGUUAACUCUGUAGAUGGCCAGUUGCUUUUUUAAAUGCAUUUGUGAGGCCACUGAAGUCACUGAAAGUCACUGAAGUCACACAUGAAAGAACAGGCAUCCUUUUUCCCAAUGUGGAGUGAACCCUCCUCUGUAGAGCUCACCUGGAUGAACUGAAACAUGGGGUUGCUCAGAAGGGUUCCAUCUAGAAAGCAACUUGGGAAGGAACUCUUGGUGGUUUUAAACCCUCUUUAGGACUCAGACUGUUUCCAGAAUCAUUGAUCUAGAGCUUUCUGGGGAAGGGGCAGUGUUGCUAGAUAAUCUGGGAGAACAGGAGAGAUGGAGACCCCUCUGGCUGCUAGAGAGGAAUGUUUUCAUUUUCCUCUUGGUUCUGACAGAAUCGGCUUUAUUGGGGGCAUCAGCAAAAGCCGCUGGAUGCAGGGCUCCUCCUGUUGCAGGCCUCGAGUGAUGCUGUUUAACUGCCUGUGCUCCUGGCCUUUGGGAUUGGGGGUGGGGAGGAAAGAAACGUGAGCACUGUGGUAGGGGGUGGUGAUGCUACUGCUGCUUAGGAAUUCAGAGGGUAUUUGCCUCCCGUGUCUCAUUUUAUACAGCACUUGGGUGAGGUAAUUAGGGACGGCUACUUUUUCCUAUUUAGAGAUGAGGAAACUGAGGCAAAGAGACGUAGGGCAUUGGCAACAUGACAAGGUAUGGAGGAGAUUCCGCGCUAGAAGCCAGGUCUUCUACUGCCCAGUGACAGUGUCCUUUCCACCGUCUGCUGGGUAGGUAGCCAUAUCUGUUACAAGUGAGUACAGGAUUCCAACAGAGUUGAUGUAAAGAGAACCAACAAGGGUUCUUUCAAAGUGGUUUGCUUGAGGCUGAUAUCAAUUCACCCGUAACUACAUGGGGCCAGGACCCGGAAGGAGGUCGGCUUGUUUCAGUGUAGGAUGUCUUUUACGUUGGAGGAAGCAUCAGGAAGCUGGACACCCGCAUCCCCCACCCCAGGUUUGGGUCUGCUUUUUUGUGAGAAACUGAGGUUCACUCUCUCCCAGUGUGGAAGUUGAGGCUUGGGCAGGGAGUGGCAGGGCUCUGUGCUCUGGGGGCCUUGAGCUUUCCCUCCCACUGGGCCCUGGCCGUGGAAUGCUGGGACUGUCCUUCCUGCUGGGCAGCUCCCCCCAACCCCCUACACUGGCCUGACCCCAUCAGAGCUGUCCCAGGGCUCUGGCCACAGAACUUAUGGGGCCAUCCCAGCUGGCCACUAGAUCCAUAGCAAAACAGGGAGGGGUUACUGUGUCCGGAGUGACCCCACCCCUGUUGGCAUGGCCCUGUGCCAGCGACAAGAGAUCUUUCAUCCUGGGGCAGCAAUAAGCACUCCUGUUAGAAAAGGCCGCACUGAGAAGCCUGAGGACCUGGGCUCGCCCUUGACUUUGUUUGUGAUUGAGAGUCUCUCCAACAGGGAACAAAGACACCACUCUGACUGGAGAGGCUCACCCUGCUGCUCACUGGCCAGGCAGCCUCAGGCGAAUGACUUGACCUCACUGAGCUCAGUUACCCUCGCCCUAAAAUGAGGAUAAUUGUUGUAUCUACCUCAAGAUUGUUUCAUGGGGAGGGGACUGAGACAUGGUGCAUGAAUUGCAUGUGGCACAGUCGCACAAGAAGCACUCCGCAUUGCUAAUUUUUAACUCUCACAUUAGGGCUUGCUAAGGAACUCUGUUGGGGACAGGUGCCCAGACGAUUUGUGGAGCAGCCAGUGCUGGGGUAUGUGAUGGGCAACCUGCCACCUGCUGGGGCCCAGAGAUUUGUCAGGGCAGCAGCUGCUGGGGGUUGGCUCUCCGCUGCUGUGUUUCUGUCUCCUUGCGCACGCUCUACCUGGCCAGAGCGAGUUUCUUCAUUUUCCUCCCGGUAUGUAAUGGAAUCCUGGGGGAUCCUGGAGGCCACCUUUCUUGCUUCCGGGCAGCCAAGAUAUUGACAGCAGACCUUCCAGUCAAGUUGAAAAUAUGUCUUUCAGUCAAGACACAUUUUAGUGUUUUCUUAUUUUCCCUUUCAGCGGUUUCCUUAUUUUUUCCCCUUCAUGUUUAGUCCUUAUAGUCAGGAAUAAGUCUGGAGAAAAACUUACUCAAAACAGAGCUUGGGACCCUGGAGAGCCUUUUAACCUGUUUUGCAGAUGGUGGGGUGAUACAAGAGGUGAAGUGUCUCGUCCAGGGCAGCGGCCCAGCCCCCAGCUCCAUGACUCCCUUCACGGCACCACUGCAAGCUCGCCACCCUGCUCAGCCUCAGGAGGGUUGGUCUUCCAAACGCUCUCACUUUCUUGUGACCUGACGCCAUGUUUUGGAUCACUGUUAUGGGCUUUCACUUCUCUUUGGUUUGGACUUCCCCAGACAACACCCGUUGAUGCUGUUUGUCUUCCACCCUUCGGUGCAGCUGGUAGUGUUUGAUUCGGGUGCCAUACCAGUCAUUUCACUGGGUUCUUGAUUUUGGCUCUUUCUCAUCAGUUCUCUGAGCCCUUUGAAAUUAGCUUCCAUCAGUCCUAUUUUUUAUCUUGCCUCUUUUUUUUUAAGAUUUUUAUUUUUUCUUUUUCUUCCCAAAGCACCCCCCCCCCCAUACAU